AGGAAUACGAAAAGUUACAUGCCGAGAGUGAGGAGAAAAUGUCUGAUGUCCAGCCUUCCGAUGUUGGCGACGAAACGCAACACCAUCACCGCCGCCUGGUUCUCCCUGCCUGGCUAGACCAUUGGAAUGCCCGGGACUUGAAGGUCCUUUUUCGCUGCUGCGCUGCGGCGUGGGUGGCAUCACUGCUGAUGUUCAUUGGUCCUGCGUUGCAAAACAUCGGGAUCGCGACGUUCUUCGCGACGUUGAUGCUGUAUAUUGUCCCUCCCAGUGGAAUCCUGUUCAUAUACUUACUGGGGGCCUUCUCUUUGCUUUUUGGCAUGUGCCUUGCAUGGGCAUGGGGGCUGCUCACCAUGAAGGCCGCUUUAGCAGCGCGACCUGAAGCCCAGACCCAGGCGAUGGUGCAGGCGUUGCAACGGGAAGCAGUCGCAGUCGCCAACCAAACCGGUAUCAGCCCGUUAUUGGAGGCCCAGAUCUUGGUGCACGAUGGCUUCAUGCUCGACGCGCGCGUGACCGUCAUUUUCUACGUGAUGAUCUGUCUCUUCGUCUACGUGAUGUCCCGAAUCCGGGCUGCAAAUCCCAAGUUUGUGUUAACCCAGCUCUUCGGGAUCAUUGUCGCGGAUCUCUUCUUACUCUUCGGUCCCACGUUGCCAUCAUUCAACGCUUUACUCCCCGAAGUCCUGGUCAAGCCGGGCGCCAUCGGCAUCGGCAUUGGUGCUGCCUGCUGCCUCGUGUUUUUCCCGCAAUCCACGUCCCAUGUCGUGAUGAUCCAAAUGGAACAGCUCCUGCGGCUAGGAGACGCGCCGUUGCGUCACACACGAUCGCGGUUCGCUGGCGACUCAAUUGCCCUCGAACAGCUCCUGGCCACAAAGACCAAGAUGAUUGGAAUUUUCAAAGCGAUGCAUGCGGCAUUGGCAUUUUUGCCCAUCGACUUUUCCCGCGGUCGGUGGAGCUCAGACGACAUUAAAAACCUUCAAGCUCCCUUACGACAGGUAGUUCUCGCAGUGCUAUCCCUGAACGACUAUCAUAUCGCGCGGAUCCGCGUAGACCAAAAGCUGGCGAGCUUGCCGACGGCGUCCGAUACUGACAGAACUGCUGCACAUGAAAAGCGACCCCAUCCUGUAGGUCAAUGGCAGCUCCAGGAAAGCGCAGAUUUGAUCCAGAUACUCAAAAGCCUAGACUAUGGAGUCAUUCGAUCGCAGACGCUAGAUAUCUUGAAUCGGUCUACACACGAGGUCCUCAGCCGGUCGUCGGAGUCGCUUGAUAUCAUUGCGCAGUGCAUCCACACCGUCAACUCUGGCCGUUGGUUCCGUCGGCCGACUCAGCACCGAGUGGAUGAACUGAUGGUGCAGACCAACGCGAUGCUGCAGAAUUUGCGAUCCGCCAAGGCACUGUGCGCUGUGGAAACUACAGAACGGCUGAUUGAAAAUCAUGCCGAUUUGUUCGACGCUGAUGGUCAUCUGAAGGCACCCGACGAACUGACGCCAUAUUCCCUGCGAGGAAUGGUCAUCGGUAUGGUAGUCGAGGAGCGUAUUCUUGACGUAGCAACGGCCCUUGAACAGCUCAUGACGCAGCUGGUCGCCCUGAUGGCGAAGCGGACCAAAGACCGUUUCUGGUUUCCUUCUAGACUGCGAUAUGCCUUCUCCUGGCUAGGUAACAGGCAUCAAGACGCCCCUGUGCCUGGUCUCGCCACGGACUCUACGGUCAGUCCUGACGAUGUAGAGGACCAGGCUAAAGAGGCCCAACGGCAAUUGAAGAUCAGCCGUGGCUACGGUCGACCGAUUCGCCGCAGUGUCCUGAGCCGAAUACUCAGGGCUUCCUAUCGCUGGUUCACCAACCCGGGAGGCAUAUACGCCCUUCGCAUGGUCGUCGUUACCAUUGCCACAGCUAUCCCCGCCUCUCUGCCGCAGACCGCGGGGUUUUAUUACCGAGAGAAAGGCAUCUGGGGGAUUAUCACGGCGCAGACCACCGUGCUGGUAUACAUGGCGGAUUUCACAUUAUCUCUGGUUAGUCGAACAGCCGGUACGGUCGUUGGCGGAGUGCUCGCGAUGGUGGCCUGGUAUAUUGGUUCCGGGGACGGUCCUGGGAAUCCCUAUGGACUAGCAGCAAUCACGGCCCUCAUGACUAUAAUCCUAAUGUGGUGGCGUUUGUUUCUUCCGCCAGCAUUUACCAUCGCGGCCGUCAUGAGCGGGGCAACUUUUGUUCUGGUCAUCGGCUUCAGCUAUGAUGACGGGCAUACGCAGCAAUACGGUCUCCCCGGUCGCGGAUAUGUGGCGUUUUGGAAGCGCCUGGUGACCGUGCUGCUUGGAGUUGUCGCCGCGCUCAUUGUGCAGAUAUUUCCUCGGCCGCCGUCGGCAACGCGACAUGUCUGCAAGACACUCUCCAACACAAUGCGUACACUGUCCGAUCACUAUGCGCUCCUGUUAUCGCACUGGGGACGCACGGAAGGGAGCCGUUUCCUGGGGCCCGUUGCCGAGAAAAUCUCCAUAGAAGUUGCGGAAGGCUUGAUGGCAAUCCAGGAUUCCAUCAGCGUGCUGAAAUUCGAAAUGACGCUCGGCCCGUUCAACCAACAAGCCCUAGCAGAGACGCGUGUAUUGUGCCAGGAUUUGAACCAGAGCCUCGGCAGACUACUAGCAUUGUCCGCAACCCUUCCACCAGAGUUUCAAACGCGGCUGGCGCAGACAACCGGCAUGUUAGAUGACGACCAUAUCGGGGACAUCAUGGCCGUCCUAAGCGUGAUCGAGCAGGCCCUCAAAUCCGGUAUUGCGUUACCCGAACGCCUGCCCACCCCAUUAAUCAAACGGUGCUACAAUGCGUGGUACUCGCGAAAUCGGGCGGCCGAAUUGAGCACCACCUUAUUUCGCGACGAAAAUUAUCGCCGGUACUGUGUGGCCAUCAGUGCAUACCUCAAAUUCUUGUCAACGAUUGACGACAUUGUUCUGGUACUCAAAGGGGCACUAGGAGAAUCGCAUAUCAUUCAAACGUGGGAGACUGAUGUGCCGGUUUAAUAGCGAACGGGGCAGCUAACAAGUCUAUAUACCGGAAGAAAAAUCGCAAUUCAUCAAUAUUCUGUCAGACACGACAGGACCUAGCGACACUGGGGAGACAUCUUUGUAUGUAUCUAUCUAUGAUAGCUUUUCUGCUGUCGUCUCGUUAAACGGUCACCCUCCGGAAAAGCGCCAGAUAUCACUUGAGCUUCCAGUUAUCUCUGUAUAUCCGGGAACAUACGGUUCAGAUGGUGGCAUCAACAAGCCUCUCCCGGCUCGUCAACUGUAUUCAUAGGAUGUGCCGCCGAGUCAGAAAUGCUCUUGUUUGAUUUGAUUUGAUU